CUAUCGAAGUUUACCAAGCAAUCCUUCCGCGUUUCAAAACCCGGAAGUGUGAAAAUAGUCCGGAAGUUAACGUUUAUUUACUUGCUCCUGCUGCGGUGCAGACCAAAUGCGCUUGGAGACGAUACUGUGAACAAAUGACAAGACUACCGUCCAAGGACAAGGGUAUUUGGAUCACACGACGAGGAUCUACCCCAGUGGUGUGUCUGAUUGUCGCACGGAAAGCUGCGCGCGGAGGAAGGUGAUCGAUUACCGUUUAAAGGCGCAAGAUGGAAUUAAUCGGUGUUAUUUAUCUCCCGCAGAUAACGGGACAGAAUGCGCGUGUGUGAUGCGGGCGAGCGCGCACGCUGCAGUAUCCGCGCAGAGGCGCGUGAGCGCUCGGCGAUGUUGUUUAGGUGCAUAUGUGUCAAAUGGGAAUGAAAAUGGUGCGGUGAACAAACAGGGCGCGUUUGCAUAUGUGUUAUAAAACAUAUCUGUUUUUAAGUAUCUAUUAAUGUGUUUUCGUUUCGAUAAAAUCACGGAGCCAGCGCAGGAAAACUGCGUCUAUAUCGAUAAACGGGGUAAGGGCAGCGGGACGGUUGUGUUCUGGUCAUUAUCUAUAGAAAAUAAAUGAGUUUUACAGUGACAUAGAUAAGCUGCUACUGGUUUAUCUAAACGUCUGUUAUGCUGGUGUGUCAAUCAGCGUCUUUGCGCUAGACACGCGACUGUUAAAACAUAGGAGCUCGCGCUGCCCGUCAGAAUGGCAUCCGGUGCUGUUGGGGACGUUAAACCGUUCCAGUGCCUGUGUGAGGAAUCUACUCAGGGUUUGAAAUCUAAGAGCCUCCUUGCCCUCAGCGGUGGUCAGGCUCCGGAACAGGAGGUAGAUCAGACACUACUCUCUGCCCCGCACAGCUCGGCUCGGUGCGGAUCCCCAGUUCGGACGGAGGGUCGCGAUUCGGAGGGUCGCGGCGCUGCUGCGCUCUUGGCGUUCCGGCUGCCGCGGAUCCCGGUGAGGCGCUAUGUGGACGGGAUCCUGUCGGACUCACGCUGUUUCCUGUUCUGCAUGUGUUACCUCACAUUCAUUCAGUCUCUGAUGGUGUCCGGAUAUCUCAGCAGCGUCAUCACCACCAUAGAAAAACGCUACAGUCUUCGGAGCUCAGAGUCAGGUUUGCUGGUCAGCUGUUUUGACAUUGGAAGUCUCCUCAUUGUGGUCUUCAUCAGCUACUUUGGAGGGCGGGGCGAGAGACCAAGAUGGCUGGCUGUAGGGGCCGUGUUCAUUGCAGUGGGUGCCGCCCUCUUCUCCCUACCUCACUUCAUAUCUCCGCCCUAUCAACUGGAGGAGCUGAACAGCACUGUAGGGGGCGAGGGGCUCUGUGCCAGUGGAAACAGUAGUGGACAGGAGAAGCAAGUGCUGUCCAGGUGCCAGCGGGACCGAGAAGAGAGUGAGCACGCCCUGUAUGUGGCGCUGUUCAUCUGCGCUCAGAUCCUGGUUGGAAUGGGAUCGACUCCUAUAUACACACUGGGACCAACUUACCUGGAUGACAAUGUGAAGAAAGAGAAUGCAUCACUGUACCUGGCUAUCAUGUAUGUAAUGGGAGCUCUUGGACCAGCCGCUGGAUAUCUGCUGGGAGGGAUUUUGAUUGGAUUCUAUGUUGACCCUGGUACCAUUGUCAAUAUUGACCAGAGCGACCCGCGUUUUGUAGGAAACUGGUGGAGUGGGUUUCUCUUGUGUGCUGUGGCAAUGUUGUUGGUGAUCUUCCCCAUGUUCUCCUUUCCUAAAAAACUACCGCAGCGCCACAAGAAACGUAAGAGGCGUGUGAAAAAGAGUCCAGGCGAUGUCUCCAGUGAUGAUGAAAUGAUGAAGGAAAAGAGCCAGGCUGUCUCAUCCUCUAUAGGUUUUGGCAAAAACAUCAAGGAUUUGCCAAAAGCAGCAGUGCGUAUUUUGAGUAAUGUGACGUUUUUGUUUGUGAGUUUGUCGUAUACGGCGGAAUGUGCCAUCGUCACAGCCUUCAUCACUUUCAUUCCCAAAUUUAUUGAGUCUCAGUUUGGCGUUCCAGCAUCUAGUGCCAGUAUAUACACAGGUCUGAUCAUCGUACCCAGUGCGGGUGUGGGUAUAGUUUUGGGCGGGUACAUCAUCAAGAAGCUGAAACUGGGUGUAAGAGAAGCAGCGAAGCUGGCUAUGAUCUGCAGCGGCGUUUCCCUUCUUUGCUUUUCCACGCUCUUCAUCGUCGGCUGUGAGAGCAUUAACCUCGGUGGAAUCAAUAUCCCUUACACCACGGGGCCCACGCUGACUCUGUCUCAUCGUAACCUAACGGGAAGCUGUAAUGUCAACUGUGGUUGCAAGAUCCAUGAGUAUGCACCUGUCUGUGGCUCUGAUGGCAUUACCUACUUUAACCCAUGUCUGGCUGGCUGCAGCAACAUUGCCAACCACACCUCAGGAAUCAGAAACUAUUCAGACUGCGCAUGUGUCCAGAGCAGACAGGUGAUCACACCAUCAGGAGGGAACCAUGAGCUGCAGGUGGUGAUCGUGAAGACGUACCUGAACGAGAAUGGUUACGCACUGGCAGGAAAGUGUGAACGCACCUGCGGAACACUCAUCACCUUCCUCAUCUUUCUCUUCAUCGUCACUCUCAUAACUGCCUGCGCUCAGCCGUCCGUCAUUAUCGUUACGCUCAGGUCAGUGGAGGAGGAAGACAGACCGUUUGCUCUGGGAAUGCAGUUUGUUCUUCUCAGGACUCUUGCCUACAUCCCCACUCCUAUCUACUUUGGAGCUGUGAUCGACACCACCUGUAUGUUGUGGCAGCAAGAUUGUGAUUUCCAUGGGUCGUGUUGGGAGUAUGAUGUCACUUCCCUUCGGUUUGUUUACUUCGGGUUGGCAGCCAGCCUGAAGUUCCUGGGCUUCCUCUUCAUCUUUCUCACCUGGUAUUCUCUGAAGCAGCAUGAGGAGCAGACACAUGCACACACGCACACACACACACUUUCUUCGCUGGACACGGUGAGCCACCUCAUCUGCCAUGCUGGAGGUCACAAAGGCCACGCCCGUACACGCUCCUGUCCUGUCUUCCUGCCACGCCUAUCUGAACACCCCCACGCUGCCAUGCCAACUGGACAUGCCCUUAGCCGUGGUAACAGUUGCCCUGGCAAUGGCCUGAAAGCAAUAACUCCACCCAUACGGUCUCUUGAGAAAGUGGUAGUGUGAGAAGUGGAAUCAUGCACACACCCAAACACUUGCAUACACACUUAAACUUAAAGGGUUAGUUCACCCAAAAAUGAAAAUUCUUUCAUCAUUUACUCACACUCAUGCCAUCCCUGAUGUGUAUGACUUUCUUUCUUCUGAAAAACACCAACUAAGAUUUUUAGAAGAAUAUCUCAUCUAAUGGUGGCCAGACCUUUAAAGCUACAAAAAGCAGAUAAAGGCAACAUUAAAGUAAUCCAUUUAACUCCAGUAGUUUAAUCAAUGUCUUCUAAAAUGAUCCAGUUGGUUUUGGGUGAGAAAAAAAUAUAUAUACCUUUUUCACUGUACAUCUUGCCAUUGCAAUCUCUAGGCACAAUCAUGAUUUCAAGCUUGAUUACACUUCUUAUUCUUCUAAAAAUCUUCUUUUGUGUUCUGCAGAAGAAAGUCUUACACAUCUGGGAUGGUAUUACACCAUGUCCUAACCAGAUGUGCCAUGAUACGCGAUAAAAGGUAUCUUUUCCAUGUUAAUCAGAGUUUUUGUCCUAACCAGCCGUGACACAUGACGAGCGACAGCGACAGGGCUUUCUAUUUUUUGAAAUGGUUUCUAUUUCUGUGACGGUGCGCCAGGCAGCACAGCCAACAAAUGGGUCUAAAAUUAUUCUUUUUACAGUAUAUUAAAGCCAGCAUCUCACUAGCCGGUUCAGAACAACUUGAUUUUGGCCAAAGGUGUCACACACCUACCAAAUGUUGUGCUUAAAGUCUCAUUCUCUUCAGCCAGAGCUCUGUCACACACGCACCGGUUCAGAAUGGCAGUGGGGAGACAUACUGGCUCAUCCGCGCUUCCCUGUUACAUGGAGAUUGGCGAAAUAACAAUAGGAGUACCGCGUGAGCAUAAACAGUCGUGACAGACUGAAUAAGGAUGCGAUUCAUAAAGUAACUUUUCCCUGUGUAUGUGUGUGAUUGUGUAUUUAUCCCCUCGGGGCUUGCCGUAGUAAGCGUUACGGAGCUUAUGUGAGAACAUGAGUUGUGUUCAAUAAACAGACUGUUAUGUCUGUGAUUGCUCUCUUUUUUUUAUAUUUUAUUAUCAAUUAUCUUCAUAUUAGUGUAUUAAUAUUGCGGUGUCAUGUCGCACCUGAUGUGGACAGACGGAAUGUUUGUCGAUGGAAUGUUAUCUUGUCGCCUCUGAUUAGGACAAGGUGUUAGGCAUGGGUAAGUGAUGAGAGAAUUUUCAUUUUGGGUUGAACUUUUCAUUUAACACCUGAUUCAUAUAUACUCCAUGAGAGGCGCAUGAGCGAAGCAUGAGAGGGGCUUGAGCGACCCGGUCGCGUUGGGCUUUUCACAUUGGCCGCAUCUCUUCUGCUUUUUGUAGGUUAGGUUAAAAUAUUUUUCAUUUGCUUUUGCGUCAUUUCUAUAAUCUCCUGAUUAUUUUGGGUUUCUACAACACCUAGAGCCGCUAAGUUUAGCGUGAGCCACGCAGCUAAAAAAGACUCAACACCGAAACUAUCCGCUCACUGCCUCAUUUGGGAUGCUUCUGGGAUGCUACACCUCGCGGCUCCCACUUGCAGUGUGAAGACUGUAAUCUGUUAAUAUGGGCGCCAAACCGAAAGUUUGCCGCUCACGCCUCGCUCACAGAAUAUAUGUGAAUCUGGCCUUAAACUCACUCAUACGCAAGCAUGCAAACUCAUACGUCAUACAAUUGUGAGGGCCGAGUGUAAAUGUAAACACACAUACCACGUUGCUUAUAGCCAUUGCUGGUACCUUUUUUUUUUUUAAAUGCACACAAUUACGACACACAUUAACGCAGUAAAUUCGUAAAGCACUGAUUAGUUGUAAGACUUUUUUUGACACAGUACCUCAGCAGGACAAAUACCUCUGAUCUUCGUCAUGUACAAAUACACACACACCCUCACACACACUUACCAUAGUCAUCUCAUCUCCCCAUCCUGUUACCUAUAGUGUUGUUCGUGCACAUACUCUUCUGCUGUACUUUAUUCCUGUACUGAAGAUUGAUAUGUUUACUUGUUUACCUCGUUGAUUCAACCGUUCAGUUUUGAUUAAGGGACGGGAAAGAGACUGCAAGCUUUACUAUGCAAACUCCUUCCCCAGCUCUAACACCACCGAAACCAUACUAGUCCCUCCCAAACUGUAAACUCCUCCCACAGCAAUGGCUCCACCCAAACAUUAUAAUUCCCAUUCUGAAUCAUAAACCCCUCCCACAGCACUGGCACCACCCAAAUCAUAUUAGCCCCUCCCAUAACACUGACUCCACCCAAACCAUAUACGCCCCUCCCAAACCGUAAACCCCUCCCACAGCACUGCCUCCACCCAAACCAUAUUAUCCCCUCCCAAACCGUUAACCCCUCUCACAGCACUAGAUGUGUCUGACUUCAUGCAGUGCUGUGCAGACCAAUCGGUGCAGGACUUGAAGCAGUGCAUGUCGGAUAGAAAAUGUGUCCGUCUUGAGACGGUGCCACCACCGCAUCACCGUAACUUAUGCCAUCAAAUUACAGCGAGAGCGAUUCGAGAGCAGCCUUCUGGCUCAGCUGCUGCAGUUGCUUCAGAGGAGCUGCACAAGCUCUGAAUGACGACACAGUUUAUUCGCGAUUGGCCAGGCUUGCAAAGUGGCAACUAUUCAUUUCAACUGCUCCCCUGACUGCAACCGUCAAAUCUCGAAGAUCGGUAAAUUGAGAUGCAGUUCAUGUCGAACACACCUACUGUCUUCCCCAAAAUCGUAUUAGCUCCUCCCACAGUACUGACCUCCAAAACCAAAAAACCCCUCCCACAGCACUAACCUCCCCCAAACCAAAUUAGCCUCCCCAAACCAUAAACCCCUGCCACAGAACUGAUCUCCCCCAAACCAUAUUAGCCCCUCACACAGUACUGACUCUACCUAAACCAUAUUAGCCCCUCACAAACCAUAAACUCCCACAGCACUGACCUCCCCAAACCAUAUUAGCCUCUCCCAAACCGUAAACCCGUCCCACAGCACUGACCUCCCCAAACCACAUUAGCCCCUCCCAAACUGUAAACUCCCCCCACAGUUCUGACCCCCCCCAAACCAUAUUAGCCCCUCACACAGUACUGACUCUACCUAAACCAUAUUAGCCCCUCACAAACCAUAAACUCCCACAGCACUGACCUCCCCAAACCAUAUUAGCCUCUCCCAAACCGUAAACCCCUCCCACAGUACUGACACCAUCUAAACUAUAUUAGCUCCUCACACAGUACUGACUCUACCUAAACCAUAUUAGCCCCUCACACAGUACUGACUCUACCUAAACCAUAUUAGCCCCUCACACAGUACUGACUCUACCUAAACCAUAUUAGCCCCUCACACAGUACUGACUCUACCUAAACCAUAUUAGCCCCUCACACAGUACUGACUCUACCUAAACCAUAUUAGCCCCUCACAAACCAUAAACUCCUCCCACAGCACUGACCUUCCCCAAACCAUAUUAGCCUCUCCCAAACUGUAAACACCUCCCACAGCACUAACCCUCCCCAAACCAUAUUAGCCUCUCCCAAACCGUAAACCCCUCCUACAGUACUGAAUCCAUCUAAACCAUAUUAGCUCCUCCUAAACCGUAAACUAUAGAAAUUUCUAUUUUAAAUUCCCAUAUUCCUACUCUGUGCAGCAUGAAACUCCCUUAUUUUUAAUCUGUUUUCAUUUGUUGUGCUUUGAACUUUUAACAGUGAUGGUGAGUUUGCAAUAGUUGAUGCAACACGUACAUAUGUUCAAAUAAGCUUUAUUUGUGUCUUUUCAUCAUAAUAUUUGACUUGUGCAUCAUAUCAGUAUUUAAAUGUUCCCUUUUUCUUUAUCUUGAUUGCAUCUGAUUUUGGUGGUCAACAGUCAUCUCUGUAAAUGACAUGCACACACACAAUACUAAUAGGAGACACAUCAUCUCAUGUACAGUACACCAACAUCACAUAUACUCUUAAAAACAUUCUCACAUCUCUAGAUGGUAUCCUGUUAGCGCUGAAAUUGAGCCAGUAUUUGUGGUGUUGAUGAAAACACACAAUUACUGUCAGCACCAGCUGUAAGCCUAAAUCAACUUCACUCCUGAUCACUGUUGGACUUCAGUAAAAACAGAGCAGAAUUUACAGAAGUACUGAGUUAACUGCUGAUGAAAAAGUAUGUAUGCUGCAUUUUCCCCUCCCUCUUUCCCACCCCUUCCUCUGUUACUGUGCUCUGUUUGCAAACAGAAAACAUCUAUAUGGCCAAAAGUUUGUGGACACCAUAUGUGCUUGAACAUUUGAUUUCAAAACCUUAGACAUCAUUUUCCCCGUUUGCCGUAAUAACAGCUUCCACUCUUUUGGGAAGGUUUCCCACUAUACUGUAUGUAGUAACAUGGCUGCAGUGAUUUGCUCUCAUUCAGACACAAGGCUAUCAGUGAGGUUAGGAACUGAUGUUGGUCAUUGGGACCUGACUUACAGUUGCUGUUCCAGUUCACCCCAAAAGUGAUCAGUGGGGUUAACGUCUGGGCUUUGUGCAGGCCAGUCAAUUUCUUCCACACCAGACACAGUAAACCAUUUCUUUAUGGACCUCGCUUUGUUCACAGGGGCAUUGUCAUGCUCUAACAGAAAAGGGCUAUCUCCAAACAGCUGCCACAAAUUUGGAAGCACACAAAGCCCAAGCCAUUACAUAAAGAAACAUUAAGAUUUUUCUUUACUGGAUUUAAUGGAGUAACCAAAUUUGUUAAUUAGAAGGGAGUGUCCACAAAUUUUUGGCCAUAUAGUGUAUUUAAUACAAUUAUUUAUUCAGUUACUUUGAAGUACUUGUCUAAGGUUUGUCUAAUCAGAGGCAAACAUGGAGUAACUUUAUUAACUGGUUUGGUUUACAUGUACAAAUACAUUUUUGUGUCAAUAAAAUGCCUAAACAAAACA